ACAACAAAUUAGAAGUGUCAUCGAUAAGUGUCUUAUUUUAUUAAUCCGAUAUAUACUUUCUUGGCUGAAAAUCAUCAUAUUUAUUGAAUUAGUAAAUAGAUUAUACUUCAUCUGUUGUGAUAUUUAAUUGAAAACAUGGGAAACCUUUUCGGAAAAUCUACUAGUAAAACGAAAGUCAGCAGAGUCACUGAACAGGACAAAGCGAUUCUGCAAUUGAAGCAACAAAGGGAUAAGUUAAAGCAGUAUCAGAAAAGAAUCGAGCUUCAGCUGGAGAAAGACAGAGAAUUGGCGAAAAAAUGUUUAGCUUCUGGACGAAAAGAGCGAGCAAAGACGUUGCUGCGGAAAAAAAAGUACCAGGAAAAGCUACUUUCGAACGCGGACUCGCAGCUGGAAACCAUAGAAAAGCUAGCAUCGGAUAUCGAAUUCGCCCAAGUAGAAACUCAAGUCAUUGCCGGCCUCAAAGUAGGAAACGAAGCCCUGAAAAAAGUCAACGAAAUCCUGUCGGUCGAGGAAGUGGAACAAAUCCUCGACGAAACUCGCGACAGCAUCGACAAGCAGCAAGAGAUUGAUGCACUGCUCAAUGGCGUGCUUACGGAAGAGGACGAAGACGAAGUGCUGGCAGAGCUAGAUCAGCUGAUAGCGGCUGAUGAUGCAGGGAAGUUACCGGAUGUGGACAUCGAUGACAGGCUUCCCGAAGUUCCAGAGGAUGAACCAACACGCGAGAAGAAACGGAAAGAGAAAGAUGCGAGUCAUGCUAGCAAGAGGGUAGCCCUGGAGGCUUGAAUCCGUUAAAACCGGGAUUACAUGGAAUGGUUCAUUCGUGAUUUAUACACAAAAGGAGCCAUACUGAACUAUAAGACGAGUUGAGCAAAAGUGUAACAUUUUAAAAUCUAUUUUUACAUUUCAGCUACGUAUCUGGAAUUAAUGUUUUUUUUUUUUGUAAAUAUAAAUAGCAUUUAAAUAUAUCGCUGAUA